UGACACGGUGUGAUUCAUGGUUAUUUCUUUUCAUUCGGGGAAUUUGACGGGGCGGCUCUCCAACUCGUGACUUCUCCUCCUACAUCUGUUCACUUCACUGUCCAACAUUUACCAUCCAACCUGAAGACGCGCACAUCAUGAAGGCUUUAGUGUUGUUUGCGUUAGUGUCCGCAGCCUCAGCUUUUCACCUCACACAACAACAUGAUGAAUUUCACUUCAAGUCAUGGAUGGCACAGUACAAUAAAGUGUACAGCAUGCAGGAGUACAAUGAAAGACUGCAGAUUUUCACUGCCAACAAGAGAAAGGUCGACAAACACAAUGCAGGAAAUCACUCCUUCACAAUGGCUCUGAACCAGUUUUCAGACAUGACGUUCAGUGAAUUUAAGAAGUCUUACCUCUGGACUGAGCCACAGAACUGCUCCGCUACCAAAGGGACCUACAUCAGCAGAAAUGGACCUUAUCCAGACUCCAUCGACUGGAGGAAGAAAGGGAAUUAUGUGACAGAUGUGAAAAAUCAGGGUCCUUGUGGUAGUUGCUGGACGUUUUCUACAACUGGAUGUUUGGAGUCUGUCACUGCUAUCUCCACUGGGAAACUAGUACCACUGUCAGAACAGCAGCUGGUGGACUGCGCUCAGGACUUCAACAACCACGGCUGUAACGGCGGCCUUCCCAGUCAAGCAUUUGAAUACAUCAUGUACAACAAGGGACUGAUGACAGAGACGGAUUACCCAUACACAGCAAUGGAUGGUAUUUGCAAGUAUAAACCAGAACAGGCAGCUGCUUUUGUGAAGAAGGUGGUGAACAUAACAGCAUAUGAUGAGAUGGGCAUGGUGGAUGCAGUUGCUACACAUAAUCCGGUCAGUUUUGCCUUCGAGGUGGUCAGUGAUUUCAUGUUUUACGACAAGGGUGUGUACACCAGCACUAAAUGCCACAAGACCACAGACAAGGUGAACCAUGCAGUGUUAGCUGUGGGUUAUGGAAUGGAGAAUGGAACUCCUUACUGGAUAGUUAAAAACUCCUGGGGUGAUGGCUGGGGCAUCAACGGAUACUUCCUCAUUGAACGUGGGAAGAACAUAUGUGGACUCGCUGCCUGCUCCUCUUUUCCUGUGGUUUAAUCGUCUGCACCAAAGGGCAUAAAAGAGAACAUAAUCCAAAUAUUUUGUUGAUUUGGGUGAUUUUUACGUGACAUUUCCUUCUCUGAAUCCAUAUGUACUACAUUUUUGCAAAAGAAUGAUGAGUGUGUGCACCUAAAGUGAUAAACAAUAACAAUCAUUCAAAACAUUAUUGUGUCUUAUAUACUUAUUCUGUUCAUUACAGCCAAAUGGAACAAUAAAGUCUGUGUUCAAACACUUU